CACUCUGCUUCCCACGCUCCUCCGUCUAUUUGAAUUUGAAAAAUGAAAACCCACCGUCGCAGAAUGAAAGAGCGGGCCGAGUGAGAGUCGGAAAGAAAUUGGGGGAGAGAGAUAGAUGUAGAGAGCGCAAGACCCGCCUUUGCGCAUUUAUAUAGGAACCCUACUUGAAGUGAAAACCGUACUCUUUCAAAUUCCUUUCAAAUUUCAUGCCCUAACACUAUCUGCCUCCCGCCAAGAUCUCCUUUUUCCUCUUUCUCCUCCCUCGAGCUAACUCGCUUUCACUUCUUCACUGGCGGAAUAGGCUUAUGGAUGGGCAGGAGGCAACGCCGGCAGUCGAUCCCUCCUCCAUUUCUUGCCCUAGUUCUCCAUUUCAGGCGGGGACUGCUUCGGGAGUUUCUUAUGGAAAGGAGGGCGAGGAGCAGGGAGCCGGAUCUGGAUGAACCAAACAAGCGAGUCAAAAGAGUAAAGCUGCGGGAUCUGGAUACGGUGAUGCGAUUAGAGGAAGGAAUCAGGUCAUGUUCAACAAAACCAAAUGAAAAGAAAACUGAAAAACUUGAAACUUCUAUUGAAGAUGAGAAUGCCUCUCAAAUCACCAAGGGAACUGAUUUGAGGCUUUCCAACAAUCCAGCAGACAUACCAAUGAACAAUCAUUCUCUUGAAACUGAUGCAGUUUGCAGUUUGCAGUCAUCCAUGGUUACAUGUGAGCUUGAAGCGGAAAACGUGAGAGAGAUCUGUAGAGCUUCCUUGCUGGAAAAACGUGAACUGAAGAGUGAUCCUCAUGCAGCUGAUUUGCCGAGACUUGGGGUGGAUCUGAACAAUCCCUUUUAUCCUUAUAAGAAGCUUGGGCAGGUGAGAGCUACAGAUCCUUCAGAAUGUGGUAGCACCACUGGUCCAAUGGAGAACAAUGAAUCAAUGAGAAGAUGGAAUGAGAUGAAACAAAAUGGCUUUGUUUCCUUGGCAGAAACUGUUCCCAGCUCAAAACCCCGGCACCGCCAGCCUAAGAAGAAAAAAAUCGAAGAGAUGAAGAAAAGGAGUAACACGACUAAGGCAGAAUUGGCCAACAAGGGCAUAAAUGUUGGUGCCCCGAGUGGCUUGCUUUCUGGGCUUAACCCUGGUAUCAUCAAGCAUGUAAGGAAUAGCAAGCAGGUGAACUCAAUUAUUGAAGCAAUGUUACAAAGCGAGAAGGUUGAGAACCAAGAGCUACAGCAUAAGCCCCUUGAACAAUCCAGGAGUGGAAGAAGGGGAGCCAAUGUUGGUUCAAAUGAACGUAGGAAUGCUUUAGUAUCUGAUCAACUUGAUCUAUCACUAAAUGAAGCAUUUAAUCCUGCUUGUUUUGGGUCUAGAAUACAAAGCAGCGAAUCAGAUAUGCCUGAUUACAAAUUCAACAAUGAUAGCAGCAAUACAUCAGUUUAUAACUCAGAAUUUGAUGAUGAUGCUCUCACACUGAAACUAUCAUCAGGUAUAAUAUCAACAGAACAUGCGAGCGGUGCAGCAAUCAUUGAUUUCUCAUUAAAUCAAGAAAACACAACCUCUCUUUCAUUUAAAGCGGCUGGUGUUGCUUCACAAUGGUUGGGGCUGAUUCAGCAAGAUAUUAAAGGCCGGUUAGCUGCACUAAGACGCAGCAAAAAGAGAGUUAAAAAUGCAAUCCAGAUUGAGCUGGCAUUCUUGUUAACAAGAGAUCUUGCACCUCACUCAGAGAAUGAGUCCAUGCUACAUUCCUCUUUGCUUGAUUGCCCUAGAAAGGAAACCUUAGACAUGCAUAUGGCUCGAUGGAAAAAUCUUUUUGGUCAGAUGGAGAAAUCACUUAUGGAGGAGGGAAAAAAUCUUGAGAGGUGGCUCAGGCAGGUGGAAGAACUUCAGGCUCAAUGUGAAAAGGGUCUGAAGUAUGUCAGCAUCAAUGGGCUUUCAAAUUUGGAUUCAAUCGAGGAUGCCAGUGCGUGGAAGAACAAGGAGUCUUGGGAACGGGAAUGUGCUGUCAGAGCAGCUGCAGCUUCCAUCUACUCCACAAGCAAUCUGAUAAUGACUGCGAGAUAAAACUCUUUUUUCUUCUAUCUAACUUUUUUUUUUUUUUUUCAACUUCCUUGACUGAGGAUCCUACUUUAACUUUUGGUCCUCUUGUCCCAUUUCUUACUACAUUUUUAUUUUGACUGCUUUUUCAUAUCACCUGUAUUAGUAUGCCUUCUCUAACCAAAUUGAUCGUUAAUCUGUAUCCAAACUAUCUAGGACUGUCUUCCUGUAUUUCAUAAUUUAAACUAAGUUAAUCAUCAUGACUUGCUUUGUAUUUUCUCCUCUAUUAUCCAUGCAAUUUAUUUCAGAUUUUUUGAAUAAUUUGUAGACUUUAUACAUUCUUGUGACAUCAUAUUUGCAUGAUUGUAGUGACAACUGCUAAGUGCUACAGAAAUCAUUCUAUUAUUGAGGCAGAAGAU